AUGGCGGCAGACAAUGAAGUCUCUGAGAUGGCUACCUCGCAAGUUGCCGGUACAGUGGGCUAUUCCGACCCACUGUACACCAGGACAGGCGUGGUGUCAGAAUCCAGCGAAUGCUACUCAUUUGGGCAGGUCCUCAUAGAAAUCCUGGUCGGCCGACCACCAGCCGUUUUGGCAAAAGAUGGUCACAGCUGUGUGUUCUUAAGUGACGAGCUGCGGCCCAAAGAGGAUCGUGCAAAAACGCGUGUGCUAAGUCGUCUCGACAUGCGCGCGCAGUGGCCUCUGUGCGCUGCCGCCGGCCUGGCUACAUUGGCAUUGCUUUGCAUCCAUGAGGAUGCUGACCGCCGACCCACCUUCCUGGAGGCAACCGAUAUGCUCAGAGACUUGACUGCCGCGGCGGCAGCACAAGAAGCAGCGCAGGAUGGCGGCUGCCGCGAUUCAGCCGAGCAGCAAGAGGUCUGCCAUCAAGCAAUCCCACUGGCCAAGCCCCAGGCCAUUCUGACACCCGGCAGAGAGGACUCUACAUCGGGCUGCUCUCCAGAAAAUGCCCUGAAGCAGCCGGAGUUUCCCCAGCUGGAGUCAGCAGAGGUACUGGGCCAGCUGCUGCAGCACGCCCAGCACGUCAACCGCCCAGCUUUACAGGCUAACGCGACUGGGCAGAGGUCAUCACCCUCCCGGAAUUAUGUACAUCCAAAGCAGGGCCUUCCACUGGCCCAGGUCCAUGUCAGGGCUUCUCCUGUCCAGCAGCACAGGCAACAGACACAAGCUUUGUCGCCAGGGACCUUGAUGCAAAUGUCACCCACUGCCGUCCAGGUCUGGCAACCUGUUUCCCCUGGUGGACCAAACGGGCCCAAUGGACCAAAUGCUCUACAACUCUUGCAAGUGGCAGCCUGCCCCCGCCCAAUAAAUCGACCCUGCGGUCCCUUGGGGGCUGCGUCCCCACACGGCGCACACCUGCAGAUGACGCAUGCAAAGUCCAUGCAGGAGAUGCAGGCGGAAUCAAAAGGAAUCGAUCUUGGCCAACGUGCCAGCUCUCUUGCAGCACCGGUUCUGGUUGGAGAUCGACAUCCGCCAGGUGCCGAAGAAGCUGUUGAAGGACAAACUGAAUCUCUCUGA